AUGCUUUGCGAAGUAGAAUGUCGCGCUCUAAGCGCAGCAUAUCAAAUGUUACUUCACGACUUCGAACCGCGCGAAGCUUUGCUAUAUUUAGAAGGAAAUAAAGUGUUCACCGAUGAUCAUGUCGAUUCGAUCAAACAGAAGGUGAGAGAAUCUUAGGCUGAAUCUCAAAUUAGCAACCCACCAAUAUUAUUCAAAGUCCCCGAUCAUGAUGAAAUUUGCAGAUGACACGAUUGGAACGACUUGGUUUAUUCCUUCGUCUUUAUCGUAGACACGCGUCUGAUUUGAAUGAUUUGAUCUCAUUUUUCGAGUACAAUAAUCAAGGGCAUAUCUCAGAAUAUCUUCAGAAUUUCAUAAAUUUUGCAACAAAUGAUCCAGAUCAGUGAGUUCCGAUUUCGUGUUUCUUUAGAUUCCUCAUUAAUUUUAAGGGCUUACAGACUUCGCUCAUUCGUUUUACAACCAAUGUUCUCACGAGAAAUGCUUCAACGCAAAUUAUUGUUGGGAAGUGUUCCACGACGAAUUGAUCUUUAUCAAAGAGAUCAAAUUGUCACGAAAGUUGUGGAGAAUUUGGAGGAUUUGUCGGAAAACGAAUGCUUUUUUCUGGUUUUAUAUGGGAGAGCGGGAGCGGGAAAAAGUGUUAUUGCAUCGCAGGCAUUGUCGUUGAAUGAAACACUUAUUGGAGGGUGAGAAGUUUUGAGAAUAAUAUUGUUUUUUUUCUAUAUUGAUUCAGUAUCUGAAACAAAACUCACAUUUUCGGCGCCAAAAUGACGAAUCCCGCAAUAAAAUGAACUAACAUUCAGAAAUGACUGAAUUUUUGCUUUUUAAAUUGAGAAAAUAAAAUCAGAUAAGAAACGUGACCUGACCAGUUUUUUUUAUUGAAAACGUGAAUAACUUUUUCGACCAAAAAAAGUUUUCACAUGAAAACUCGCUCUAUUUUCAAACAUCUAACAUAUCGUGCAUCAUCUGCAUAGAGAUUAGAACGUGUUGGUUCAAGUCUCAAGUGACAGAGUACCAAAUAAGAAAAUUUUUCAUCCAAUUUUUUUCAAAAUCCCAACAUUUUCCAGAUACUACGAUUCAGUAAUUUGGCUUCGAGACGCUGGAGUUCUACCUAAAUCUACAUUCGAUUUAUUUUCAGAUGUAUUGCUCAUGUUAAGGUAAUUUCUCCCAUUUUUGAAUUUCAAUUUAUUUAGAAAACUUGGAAUUUUUUAGAAACGAAGAUGAUCUUCUCAACUUUCCAAGUAUCGAUAAUGUGACAUCAGUUGUGUUGAAAAAAAUGGUGAGAAUUUAGAAUUUUUCUGAAGUUUUUGAAUCUGGGCAACAAAAAGAAAAAAAACAUUUUUGUAGAUUGCGAAUGCGUUGAUUGACCGACCAAAUGUGUUAUUUGUAUUUGAUGAUGUGGUUUUGGAUGAUACGAUACGUUGGGCACAGGAAUUGAAUGUUAGUUCUGUUUCUCUUUCUAUUUUUAUUCUAAAUCAUCAUAGUAUUAUUCCUCUUUUAGCUUCGUUGUAUGAUCACAACUCGUGAUGUUGAAAUUGCAAAUGUUGCCACGGUCACUUGUGACUAUAUUGAAAUCCCGCCAUUCCAAGUUCAGGAAUGUGAUGAUUUGUUCGGAGCUUAUGGAUUUCCAGCUGCCGAAUCGGAUUAUGAUGAUGAAAUUCUUACGAAAACAAUCGGUUUGAGUUCGGGAAAUCCAGCAUUGUUAACAAUGAUGUGUAAAACAUGUCAUCCUCCAACUUAUAAAAGAUUGGCACAAUUAAAUCAAAGAUUGGAAACAAAAGGACUUCGUUCAAUCGAAUGUAUUACACCGUAUAAUUAUAAAUCCUAUGAUAUUUCACUUCAAAGAUGUGUCGAAGUAUUAUCAGAAGAAGAUCGAGAAGCAUUGGCAUAUGUUGUUGUAAUGCCACCAUCUGUUGAUAUUCCGAUUAAAAUUUGGUCGGCAAUUAUUCCUGUCGAAGUUUGUUCGAAUGAUGAUAAUCUGAUUGAAGAUCAGGUUUGUGAGAGAAUGGAUCGAUUAUUCCGAAGAGGUUGUUGGGUUUCGAUGAAACCAAAUCCGUGUUUGACAUAUCGUGUUGAUUCGUUGGUUAAUUUGUUUUUAAGACGAGUUGUUGAUGCGAACACCAUUUUGGUAAGUUUGCUAGAUUUUUGAAAAUUUUGUUAAUUUAUAUUUUGCAGUCCGCAAUUUCAACCCUCCAACAACGUCUUUUGGAAUUCUCAAACAACAAUUCUCCAAAUAUUCGCCCAGCUUGCGAACAAUUUUAUAACCCAAAAGAGGAACUUCAACAAAAUCCAGAAGAAGAAAUCGAUUAUUCGAAAUUUAUGGAAAUUCACAAAGAAUUUUAUGAGAAUCUUAUUAAAGAAGUAUCCAAUUGA